AUGUCGAAUCCCCUGGACACGGACGCAGGCUCGGAGAUGUUCGCCAGCUACGAGAACGAGCUCAAGCUGAUACAAGCUGAUCUGAACCAGAAGCUGGACCAGAUCUCCGAAGUCAGCGGUGAGCAACGCAAAUCCGCAAUCCGCUCCGCAGAGCAAGUGCUGGAUGAAGCAACAGAACUGUUGGAUCAAAUGCGCAUGGAAAAGCAAAACAUUCCCUCCGAAGCUCGCUCAAAGAUCAAUAUCCGCUUCCGCAAUUACUCAACAGACAUCGACGAGGUCAAGCGCAAGCUCAAGUCUCUUUCAGAUGAUCGCAAAGCCCUCUUUGGUGACCGGUACACCGACGAGCCUCAAGACGAACACCUGGAGCAGCGACAGCAACUUCUCUCUGGUACGGAGCGACUGGAGCGCAGCUCGGCACGGCUGCAGCAGAGCCAGCGGACAGCGCUAGAGACAGAGGAUGUGGGGCGUGAUGUGCUGGCCAAUCUGUAUGAGCAGAGACAAACAAUUCAGCAUACCAGAGACAACCUGCAUCAAAGUGAGGGAUAUGUUGAUACCAGUAUUAAGACUUUGAGGGGUAUGGCUCGUAGGAUGGCUACGAAUCGGAUGAUCACGAUUGCUAUCAUUACACUGCUUGUCCUUUUGAUUAUCGCUGUUAUUUACGGGAAGUUCCAUUAG